AUGGAACAUUAUUCUCAUCCUCUGGAUUUGCCAGUAUCAGAGAUGCAUAUGAAAUUGGUGGGUCAGGUCUCUAGCAAUCCCGAAACUCAUCAUUUUUAUGCGUCAAUGCCUGUACCCAGUAAUCCGGACAUGUCAGGUACUUUAAAUGUGAGCAUGACAAAUAACCUUGCUAAUGAGAAGACACCACUGCCCGUCAAACGGAAGGCUGAAAUGGGACCCCAGUUGAACAGCUCUAUUUCUCAGCAGCCAGUGUUGCCUAACAAGAGGCCAGCACACAUGGGGGCUAAUAACUCUGCUGGGUUUUUGCAGACAUCAGCACCUCAAAGGAAAACUGUGCAAAUACCGGCUCAGAAUUCGUCGAACAAGAAAAUGGUUCGGAAUGACUCCAUGUCUGGUAAAUCUGGCUUGCAGAGGGGCUCAUCUGCAAAAAAACAAUCUGCUCAAAUCGAGCCAGGAUCCAAGGCGCGCCCGGAGUCUUCAGAAGCUACGAGGUCCAAAAUGAGAGAGUCUCUAGCUGCUGCACUGGCCUUGGCAGUCAAGAAACAAGAUAGUGUAUCAACGACUCAGAAUGAAAAGAGUGAGGCCGCUAUUACUCAUCAGCCCACGAAUGCUCAGGUUUCAGAGCUCGGUUUGGAUAUGGGAGGCCAUAUUAAUAUUCAUGUUUCUGGUCCUGGGGUUUCAAAAGAACCAGGACAAAAGGAAUCAGAUGUGCUAAAGAACACCAAUGAGAGUCAGGUUUUUCACUCUGAACUACCGACCAACGUAAGUAGUGUGAAUAACGAACAGGGUUUCCAGGGGUUUCAGUAUGCUUCCAUUUUGCCUGAUGAGGAUAUCACGUUCGAUUGGUGGGGAGGCAAAGGAAGCCCAGCCCGCCGAGAAGCCUGA